AGCCACCUCUCCUGCCAUCCUGGUAGUUACCCAUUUUCCACUUGGAAGCUUUUGGGCAUCGCCAGAAAUGUUCCUAGCAUCCUGGAUCUGGGGAAUGGCAAUAAUACUUUGUUGUGUGUCUUGGUUUCUUCUAGGGAGGAGGAGAAGGCGACAAGGUGAGCCACCACUUGAAAAUGGGUUCCUUCCAUACCUGGGCUGUGCCUUGAAGUUUGGUGCCAACCCCCUUGCAUUCCUCAAAGAAAAGCAGAAGAAGCACGGCCACAUCUUCACUUGCCAUGUAGCAGGGAAAUACAUUCAUUUCCUCACUGACCCUUUUUCAUACCAUGCAUUGAUGCGCCAGGGAAAACACUUGGACUGGAAAAAGUUCCAUUUUGCUACUUCUGCCAAGGCUUUUGGGCAUGGUAGCAUUGACCCAGCGGAGGGAAACACCACUGAAAAUUUUCAUCAGACUUUCAUUAGAACCCUUCAAGGCAAUGCCCUAGAUGCCCUCAUUGAAGCAAUGAUGGAAAACCUCCAGUAUGUCAUGCUGCAGUCAAGAGCACCUAAGCUUCAGUCUAAUACCUGGGUGACAGAAGGACUUUAUACCUUCUGUUGUCAAGUGAUGUUUGAGUCUGGCUUUUUAACACUUUUUGGUAAAGAAUUUAAUUCAAAUAAUGACAAAAACCUAUCAUCAAAGCAGGAAACUGAGAGAGCUCAUAUCCUAAAUGCCCUUGAAAACUUCAAGGAAUUCGAUAAGAUUUUCCCAGCCCUCGUGGCAGGGCUACCUAUCCACCUGUUCAAGAGUGCCCACAGUGCACGUGAGAAGCUGGGAGAGGCACUCCUGCACAAGAACCUCCUGAAAAGGGACAACCUCUCUGAGCUUGUCACCCUGCGCAUGUUCCUGAACGACACCCUGUCAACCUUCGAUGACAUGGAGAAAGCCAAGACUCACGUGGCAGUGCUCUGGGCCUCUCAAGCAAACACCAUUCCUGCCACAUUUUGGACCUUGUUCUAUCUUCUUAAGAGUCCAGAAGCAACGAAAGCAGCUACCAAAGAAGUGCAAAGUGUUUUGGAAAGUGCAGAAGAGAGUAUCAGCUUAGAUGGCAAACAUAUUUCCUUGAACCGGAAACAGCUGGAUAAUAUGCCAAUACUAGACAGCAUCAUCAAGGAGGCGAUGAGGCUCUCCAGUGCAUCCAUGACUUUCCGAGUGGCCAAGGAGGAUUUCACUUUGCACUUGGAGAACGACUUUUACAACAUUCGCAAAGAUGAUGUUGUAGCUCUUUAUCCUCAGCUGCUGCAUUUCGAUCCAGAAAUCUAUGCUGAUCCCUUGACAUUCAAAUACGAUCGCUUUCUGAACGAGAAGGGAGAGGAGAAGACCGACUUCUACCGGAACGGCCGGAAGCUGAAGCAUUACUACAUGCCUUUUGGGACAGGCAUAGCAAAGUGCCCGGGCAGGCUGUUUGCUGUCCAUGAGAUUAAACAGUUUUUGGCCCUGAUUUUUUCGUAUUUUGAGAUAGAGCUUGUGGACAGUAAUGUGAAGUGUCCCUCUCUAGAUCAAUCCCGUGCAGGACUUGGUAUUUUGCAGCCCUCCAAUGACAUUGAUUUCAGGUACAGGCUGAAAUGCUUAUGAGUACAUGUUUUAUAUUAUGCAUAUACACUAUGU